AUGUCCUGGGGCCUGAGAAGGGGCAGGCCAGGGCGCUGCGAGGCCAUGCGCAUGCUGCUGGCCGACCAGGGCCAGAGCUGGAAGGAGGAGGUGGUGACCAAGGAGUCCUGGCUGCGCGGCCCACUCAAGGCCUCCUGUCUGUACGGGCAGCUCCCCAAGUUCCAGGACGGAGACCUCAUCCUGUACCAGUCCAACGCCAUCCUGCGACACCUGGGCCGCUCCUUUGGGCUCUACGGCAAAGACCAGAGAGAGGCAGCGCUGGUGGACGUGGUGAACGACGGCGUGGAGGACCUCCGCAGGCACUGCAGCCACAUCAUCCACCAUGGCCAUGAGGAGGACAAGGCCCAGUAUGUUCAGGAGCUGCCGGGGCACCUAAAGCCCUUUGAGACCCUGCUGUCCCAGAACCAAGGGGGCCAGGCCUUCAUUGUGGGCGACCAGAUCUCCUUCGCAGACUACAACCUGCUGGACCUGCUGCUGAGUCAUCAGGUCCUGGUCCCCGGCUGCCUGGACUCCUUCCCCCUGCUCUCGGCCUACGUGGCCCGCCUCAGUGCCCAGCCCAAGCUCAAGGCCUUCCUGGCCUCCCCGGAGCACGUGAACCGCCCCGUCUUUGGAAGCCGCAAGAUAUGAGCCCACUCGGCCUCCCCUGGCAGACGGGCUGCCCUUGGGACCAAUAAACACGGUG